UUUAGAAUCAACCAAACACUCGGAUGUUUACUAUAAGCAUAAUAUUAUGUUAGCGUGAAAAUGUCUCUCACUGUGCCGACAAUCAAUAUACUGGAUUGAAAAUGACUUCAGAAGUUUUUGAAGGAGACUGAUGAUACAGAUAGAACCAGUACAAUAGAAAGGAAAAAUCCUCUCAGUUUUACUGAUGCCAAUGGCAAAUCCGAAGACCUUGCAGACCCUUUUAGUCGGCUGGAUAUUAGAGUUGGGAAGAUAGUUUACAUCCAGGAACAUCCUCUUGCUGAGACAACUUUUGUUAACCAUGUACGCUAUGAUGACAAAAACACAAAAGCUGCUAAAUGUGGCCUCUCCGCCGAGUAUUGAAGUAUGGUUUCACAGGAGGUGUUUUAAUUGGUGGUGUAACGUCCCUCCAUGCUAACCAAUAUGAUGUAAACUCAAUUGGAGUAGUUCGUCUUGGCCGAUCAGCUAUUACAGUCUUCAAGAUAGGUUUAAAAUAUAAAUUGGAUUUAUACAAUAGCAGCUUGGAUCCCGAAUCGGAAGAGUAUGCUCUACAAAGAUCUAAGGUGCACAAGGAAGCGGCCGAAGAACUGUUGGAUUUGUGCCGAGCCAACAAGGGUGUCUAUAUCAAGGUUGGGCAGCACAUAGGCGCACUGGACUAUCUGGUGCCGCCUGAGUAUGUGACUACUAUGAAGGUGCUACAUAGCCACGCGCCUACAUCUCCACUGUCAGAGGUCUACAGGGUUAUACGGGAGGAUCUCAAAGUCAAUCCAGAAGAGCUGUUUGAGAGCAUAGAUCCGGAGCCGUUAGGUGCUGCGUCACUUGCCCAGGUACACAAAGCUACAAUGAGAGAUGGCAAAGUCGUGGCAGUCAAGGUUCAACAUCCGUACGUCAAGGGGAACUCACUCGUGGAUAUGAAGACUAUGGAGAUCCUGGUAAAAAUUGUUUCCUGGAUCUUCCCUGCCUUCAAGUUCCAGUGGUUGGUGGAUGAGACUAAGAAGAACAUUCCACUCGAGUUGGAUUUCCGGAAAGAAGCAAAAAACAUGGAGAAAGUUAGACAAAUGUUCUCCCAUUUUCCAUGGUUAAAGAUUCCUCGAUUAUACGCAGAGUUGAGCACCAAACGAGUGCUAACUAUGGAGUAUCUCGAUGGCGGGCAAGUCAACGAUCUGGAGUAUAUCAAGGCUAAUAAAAUUAAUCCUUUUGAGGUGUCAGAUAAGCUGGGUCAGCUUUACAGUCAGAUGAUCUUCAUGGAAGGGUUUGUGCACAGUGACCCACACCCGGGCAACAUACUGGUGACCCGGGGAGCUUCUGGGAAAACCAGCCUAGUACUGCUCGACCAUGGGCUUUAUGCGACAUUAUCGGACGAUGUAAGAUGGGAAUACUCAAAGCUCUGGCUCAGUAUCCUCAAUAAAGAUCACACUCUGAUGAAGCAGCACUGUGAUAAACUCGGCAUCGGAGAGUUUUAUGCUUUGUUCGUCUGCAUGGUGUCUGGACGCACAUGGGAUUCUGUGGAGGCAGGAAUCAACACGACAAAGUUUACCGUUAGAGAGAAAGAAAUGUUCCAAAAAGAAAUACCAAAUUUCUUACCCCUCAUCUCCGAGAUAUUGGCUCGAGUUAAUCGGCAAAUGCUUCUCAUCCUCAAGACCAACGAUUUGUUAAGAGGCAUUGAAUACACAUUGAAGACACAGUCGAGGAUGAGUUCAUUCCUGGUGAUGUCCCGAUGUUGCGUUAGGAGCGUUUACGGAGAACAGUUGCGACUUUGUAAGACAAACUUCGCCCGAUGGAGUACAUACACUUCACAACAAUGGGCAUUGUUUAAACUCUCCGUCUACUACUUCUAUUUGAGUGUCUGUAGUAUCUUAAAAGAUCUACCAGUUGGGAGCUAGUAAAUGCUUAUCUAGGUUUUAAUUGUUGCCAGUGUUUUUAGGUUAUGUUUUAAACGGGUAAAUAUUAUAUUACGUUUAAAAAGAAUCAUAGGUUUUGAAAUGAAACUAUUUUUGAAUCUGAAUUUACAAAUAUAGUACAGUCCCAUCAAUUCAGCUCUAGUUACGGGGGUUGUUGAAAUUUCUUGGUAACCAUGUAAGAAAACUCCUGCUAGAAGUUUUGCAGAACUCUUUUCGUUUUGUUACCAAAUCAAUGUACCUUUGGAUUUAGGGAAAUGAAGAUAACAUUAUGGUCAUAGUUUGGUUUUUCCUUUUCUACAAACUGGGCAUUAUUUCAUUGUGAACUGUACUAACGCAUUUAUUGUAUGAUUUCUUGCCAUAAGCAUUUGUACAUUUACACGUUACUGUCUAACGUUGAUCUUUUGUUAGAUAGCCUGUUAGGCUAUCAUUAAUUUAUUGCUAUAAUAAUUACAAAUAACAAAAUGUAAUGUGGGUUCAGAAUUGCCUCCGCUUGGCAUCAAACCAGCAACCUUCAAAUUUGGAGAUAAUCACUAUAACCACUCGGCUACCAAGACAAAUUAUUAUGUUGAACGGUUUGUAGGACUGUACUUUAUUCACUUUCUCAGAGUUACUAAUUAGCUUUAUAUUUAAGUGCAGGGUUUGCUCAGAGCUUUUUGCAUUUGUGUUUCAUUACCAUAUUUACUUUACACAUUUAUCUUGUAUUAGUUGAAAACUUAGUACCAUAGACUAACCAACACAAGUAAACUUCCCAUCCCAUUGUGAAUUUUGAAGCUCGUUUUUUGUGUCUAGUUCAUGUCCGGUGACACUGGUGGCUAGUUUCGACGAAAUUUAGUUUCUAUUAUUAUAGAGCUAUUUUCAUAAUUUGUGAUUUACUGUUGGUUAUAUAACAAGAGGAUGAGCUAUAGUUUAUGAUUAUAUAGUUUUAUUUGGUUAAACAGUGUUUUAAAUGACUGAAAUAACCAGAAACAAAUUGUAAACAAAACAUGACCUCUACAGUGCACCGGACAGAACUAACGAUAAAAUUGGCUUCAGCUGUUUCAUAAAGAUGGGAAAUCAACUAAGGGAGUAUGUUUAAUGUAUGUUAGUACUGAGCAUGUGAAAAGUCACUGUGCACUGCACAACAAUAUCCUAUGGGUUUAAGAUUGUAUUUUGUCAUUGUACAGUACACAGUGACAUUUUACAUAUUUAUACUUUACUUCUACAGGGAGUUUUUAUUAACACAACCAAAAUACAAGUGUUGUGAGACAAGUUUAAACAGUAAAGGAAGCUCAUGUUUGUAUCCUUGUUUUCUUUACUUCAUUGCCAAUCAGCUGAAGAUUUUUGCAUUGUUGUGCAAGGCUAAGUCUUAUUGGGAUUUUAUUUAGAAAAAGACUCGGCAGUGGUGUUUUGGCAAGCUCAAAGAGCAGUAUUGUUGGAAAAUAUUUUUAAAGUAACUGAUUGAUUUUAUGCCAAGAGAUGUUUGUAAUUAAGUUUCCAGGUGUAAUUCUGUAUCUAGUAAAUCAACUAUUUAUUGACUUGUUCAACAUUUUAGGAAACCGGAUCUGUAAAAAAAAUUUACUCCAACAAUACAUAGCUAUUAAGCUAGCGAUAACACCAUGUUGAGUCUUAUUGUCAAUAAAAUCUCCCCCAAAAAAACUAAAACUUAAGAUAACUAUGCAACAAUUCAAAUCAGCUGCUUGACAAUGGAGUAAUUAGAAAGCAGGGAUACAAAAAAUAUACGCUUGUUUUGUCGUUAAAUAGAAUCUCGCAGUAAAAAAAGCACCCUGUAUAAUUUAUUUAAAAUUUUGCUCCAAGUGAGAUAUUUACAAUACAAAUUUUCUUUGUCUAUUUAUUAUGUAUGCGUACAAUAUUAUGUAUGUGUUUGUUUUGUGUUGUUUAUUUGUUUUUCAGUCUUAGUCAUUGUUUGGGAAAGCAAUUUACCAUGGGGACAGGGUUAUUGAUAGAUGUUUUUAGCCUUAAACUUUACCAUAACUGUCAUUGCCAAAGCACGAAAAGGCUGAUUCACUGCCAUAAGCCAUAGAAUUUUAACGUUUUGAUGUACAGUAUUCAUAUGAUUAUUUUAGUUGUAAGUUCUAAUUGUUGCUGUUUAUAAUGCCUAUUUGUGAGGAUUUUUGUUAUAGUCUUCAAUUAGGUAGUCUCAAUAUCAAGAAAGUUUAUUUAUUUAUUUUUUCAAGUCUUGCUCUAAUCCUGUUUUGAACGGGUUUCAAACAUUUGUGUUUUAACUUUUGCUAAACAAGCAAACAUUUUUUUGAUUCCUCAAAAUAACUAAUGCAUAAUUAUUUUAUUUCUUUACUGUUGUCCGUGUUUUCUUUUAACUAAAUGAAUAAGCAUACCUACAUUGACUGAAAUAUGCCUUAAAUAUAUUGAACGGAUGAAAACGUGAAGUAUGCACAAAAUAAAACAGCUUUAGUAAUCAAAAUGGUUCGAGUCAAACAACAACAAAACAAGUAGAAAGCUGUGAAGUGACUUGCUAGGAUGAGCAGUUUAUUGAGGUGAGUGCUAAAACAGCUGUUUAGCAACAAUCAGCUGACGAAUGCUUGCAAACAAUUGUAUUUUGUUACCUCAGCUGAUUAAAAAUAAUUACGUUUAUAUUUGAAUCAAUGAUGUUUAAACAAUGAAAAACUAUAUUGACAGACACUAUGACACACAUUUUUACUUUGAUUGUCAAUUAUGAAAUAAAAAUUUGUUUUCUAGUUUUGCUUGUGGAAGAUAGAAUAACCCUUUACUUAACUGAAUAUAAAAUGUUAACUAUCUGUCAAAAGUAUUACUUACUUCUAAUAUACAUACUUGGCCAAUGGGUUCAAAUCAAGGCCACACUAAAAAAAAAACAGGCCGUAAUGCUCGUCAAGCAUGACGUCACGAUAUAAGACGGCAAUGAGGUAGGUAUUUAUUUAUUUAUUUUCCAAGGAAAGAUUAAAACAAGCAGCUGAUAACAAAUGGCAAACAUGACGUCAUUGCCGUCUUCUAUUGUGACGUCAUGCUUGACGAGCAUUACGGCCUGUUUUUUCUUAGUGUGGCCUUGGUUCAAAUCUAGAAAAAGGACCUUAUCUAAAAACAAACACUGCGCAACUAAUACCUUUUUAUUACCGUACUUAAAGAAUAUUAUUUAUUAUUUGGUAACUUUAAUUACGCCUAUUGUAUUCUGUAAAAUAUUGUUAUGGAUUAUAAAUUAUCAAACUCUUUGAUUUGUUACCUAAAUACAUUUU